CGUUUUGCCACCAAGCCCCGACCCGGCCAUGGCACGUGAAGCACCGCCGGGCGUCCCGCCCGAGGUCAUGCAAGUGCUCGAGCUCUUCUUCGACAGCGGGAUCUUCCCCAUCCUCAUGCUGGCCCUCUUCGCCUACAAGCUGCUGCCAUCGACCGACCCGAUCCUGAGCCUCGAGCAAGUGAACCGGAAGCGACCCAAGUUUGGCGAGCGCCAUGUGGCCUUCAAGACAGACCUGAAGUGCUACAUUGGCUCCGAGACCGGGCCCGACGGCAAGACCAAGGUGCUUGGCGACAACGUGUGCGGCCGCCAAGUGUGGCGUCCCCAUGGCGAAACGAUUGAGCUCCCGCCCUUCUCGGCGGCCGAGAACCCGAACGCAGGCGACAAGCUCUUUCGCCAGCUCAUGCUCAAAGGCAAGAAGGCAUCGGCGCCGACGACGCCCGCGUCCUCCAAUGUAGAAGAAGCGCUGCUCAAGGCCAUUGACUUUUACCAGCUUCUCCAGAGCGAGGAUGGGUCGUGGCAAGGUGACUAUGGUGGCCCCAUGUUCCUCCUUCCUGGCCUCGUUGUCGUCUGCUACAUCACGGGCCACGACCUUGGCCAGUCGAUGAAGGACGGCCUGGUCGUGUACCUCAAGAACCACCAGCAGCUCGACGGCGGGUGGGGCAUGCACAUUGAAGAAGGCUCGACCAUGUUUGGCACUGUCAUGAACUACGUUUCGCUGCGUCUCCUCGGCGUGCCGGCCAACGACGAUGCGUGCAUGGAGGCCCGCGCCUUCAUCCGUCGCCACGGCGGCGCGACACAGGUCCCGUCCUGGGGCAAGUUUUACCUCUCGGUGCUCAACGUCUACGAGUGGGCCGGCAUGGACUCGGUGCCGCCCGAGAUGUGGUGCCUCCCAUCGUGGUUCCCGUUCCACCCCGGUCGCAUGUGGGUGCACUGCCGCAUGGUCUACUUGCCCAUCUCGUACCUGUAUGGCCGCCGGUACCAAGCGCCGCUCACGCCGCUGCUCAAGGAACUCCGCGAAGAGCUCUACAUGACGCCGUACAGCCAAGUGUCGUGGUCGGCGGCCCGGGGCGCGUACUGUCCGCUGGACGAGUACCACCCGCCGUCGCUCUUGAUGCGGGCCGCCAACUACCUGCUCUCGUGGUACGAGCUUUUGCCUGCGAUCACGCCGUUCCGCCGCCGUGGCCUCGAGUUCGCGAUCCAGUUUAUCCACGCCGAAGACGAACAGACCAAUUACUGCGACAUUGGGCCGGUCAACAAGGUCAUGAACAUGCUCGCGGUGUGGGUCGAUGACCCGACCUCGGACGCGUUCAAGAAGCACCAGCAGCGCAUUGAAGAUUACCUCUGGGUCGCGGAGGACGGUGUCAAGAUGCAAGGCUACAUUGGGUCGCACACGUGGGACACGAGCUUUGCGAUCCAGGGCUACUUUGAGGCCGGCAUGGGUCUCCGCGACGUCAACAAGAAGAUGGUUGCCCGCGCGUACCACUACCUCGAGCAAGCGCAGAACCGCCACGAAGUCGAGAACCGCGCGCACUGGUGGCGCAGCGAGCAAAAGGGCGGCUGGGGCUUUGGACCGUCGGCCAACGGGUACCCAGUCACGGACUGCACGGGCGAGGCCAUGAAGGCGAUGCUGCUCAUCGAUGCGCACGCGGGCGACGAUCUUCUUGCGACCACAUUGCCGUUUGAGCGCUACUGCGAAGCAGUGGACUUUCUCUUGGCGCUUCAAAACGACGACGGUGGCUUUCCCACGUAUGAAAAAAGCCGCGGGUUCGAGUGGUACGAGUACCUCAAUCCCGCCGUCAUCUUCGGCGGCAUCAUGAUCGACUACUCGUACAUUGAGUGCUCGUCCACGUCGCUCUGCGCGCUGGCCAUGUUUCACGCCAAGUACCCGAGCUACCGCCCCGAGAAGAUUCGUCGCGCCAUCAAGCGGGCCGAGACGUUCAUUCGCCACCAGCAGUUUGCCGACGGCAGCUUCUUUGGCAAGUGGGGCGUCUGCUACCUCUACGGCACGUGGUUUGCGGUCGUCGGGCUGCGCGGCGCGGGCGCGACCGAGGACGACGAGGAUGUUCGGGAUGCUGUCAAGUUUGUGUGCUCCAAGCAGCGUGCGGACGGUGGCUGGACCGAGAGCUUCUUCGCCUGCGUGAGCAAGCGGUACCUCGAGACGGAAGAGAGUCAAGUCGUGUCGACGGCAUGGGCGCUUCUCGCGCUCAUGAAGGGCAUUGAGCGCACGAACGGCCCGCAAGACGGGUUUGAGAAGGAGUGGGACGCGGUGCGCCGUGGCAUUCGGUUUUUGAUGUCCAAGCAGCUCCCGAGCGGCGACUGGGACCAGGAGCGCAUCUGCGGCGUCUUCAACCGCAGCUGUGGCAUCACGUACACGGCGUUCCGGAACGUGUUUCCGUUCUGGGCGCUGGGUCUCUACCAUAAGCUCCAACCUGGCCAGUCGCUCUAAUGUCGAGCUGCGAAGGGUUAAUACGGUUGUUGCCUUGUGUAAUGUAUUGGAUUGCAUCUGCGAGCGUAUCUUGCCACCGAC